UGUUUAAGGCUGGUAGCGAAAGUAUUUGCGGUCUUGUUGUGUUUAACCUUACUUUUGACAGAGUAGUCUGUAGACAAUGUAGGUUCUCCGUUGAUUUUACGAUUUAUCUGUGAGGAGCGAUGUGACGACCGAUCGGUAAAAUGAAUUAUAGACUGUAUAUUUUAAAUAAUUGGGGAAGUUAAGUGCGAUAGUUCAUCAUGUCGUAUCAAGACUCUCCGUUCUCCGCUGUUUACGGUCAGGACGAUUACGAAAUCGACGAGGAUAAUGAUGAAUAUAUGGACGAGGAUCGCGAUGCAGAGGACCAGGAUGAAAGUGACGAAGAUACCGAAGAAGCUAGCGAGACUGAUAUGGGAAAGUCUGAGGAGUAUACAGAGAUAAAAGAGCAGGUGUAUCAAGACAAACUUGCAAGUUUGAAGAAGCAACUACAGCAAUUAAAAGAUGGCACUCAUCCAGAAUACAAUCGCAAGUUGAAACGUUUAGAAGCUCAAUACAAAGAAAGGUUGAGGUUAAAUAUAAUAUAUCGUGACUAUCUCACAGAAUGGGUAGAAAGGGAUUACAUAUUAGAGAAAAAGGCAGCAGUUAAGGAGUUUGAAGAGAAGAAAAUAGACCUGAAGGAGAAUCUAUUAACCGACAUGGAGGAAAAGCGCAAGAUGAUCGAAUCGGAUCGUCAUACAAUGGAAUUGACUGGAGACUCAAUGGAGGUAAAACCCGUAAUGACGAGAAAAUUACGCCGGCGGCCCAAUGAUCCUGUACCAGAAAAAGUGGAAAAGCGCAGGAAACCACCGCCAGCUCAAUUGAAUUACCUUUUGGACGAGAAGGAAAUCGAAAGCGACUUGAAGGCGAUCAGUCGUGGUAAAGUACUCACAGCCGUUCGAAAACCAGUGGUGAUACCGCAUUACAAUACAGUAAACCUCCCGAGUCAGCAUAUAACUCCUCCAGUGGACGUUCCUACUGUCGAGACAAAAAUCGAAGAUGGUAAACUUCUCUACGAAAGGAGAUGGUUUCAUCGUGGUCAGUCCGUCUACGUCGAAGGGAAAGACUUGUCCAGAUUUGCUGCAAAUAUAUCAGCCAUUGGGACCGAAGCUAUCUGGGUGAAGAAAGUCUCGGAUGGGAGCAAGGUCCGAAUAUACACGUCGCAGCUGAGUCGCGGAAAGAUCUCUAUAAAGCGAAGAGCAUCGUAAGAGUCUGUCAUCGAUCCAUUACUGACACAUGGCAUAUCUCGUUGGGCACUUCAAGCUUGGUCACCGAUGUACACACACUUCGUAAAACCAAACCCUCUCGUGAUACUGGAUGGCCAUGUACAUCCAGACAAAGUAAGAGAAUAUGAGGAGAGUCAUCAUCGCCAGUAGGGAGUAAGUGGUCCACCUUGCAGGCGGGAA